CGCCCUUGCUUGAAAGGGGUCAUGAGAAGAACAAGAAAAGGAGGUUUAGAUCACUUUUUCAUCAGAGGAAAAUAAAAAUGCCACGCUCCUUUUUGGUGAAACUGCCAAAGAUUCACGAUUUCUCCUCUUCCAACUACUACUAUCAUCAUCAACAUCAGCAGCAGGAGCAGCACUGGGAUGACUCUUACACCGUGACACAUGCCAUCACUGAGUCAGCCACCAACUUGGCGGUGCGUCUGAGUGAAAACAGCUACAUCCAGGAUUACAUCAUCCCUUCAGUGUUUAAGAGCACAAAGGAGUCAAGUCAUGAGCAGACUGGGCUCACAGCAGGGCCCCUGUACUCCCCAGGGGGCAGCAGCGGGGAAGAGUUCUCUGACCACGACAUGGAAGAUCCGGACAGCCCCGUUUCUAGUGCCACAGUUGAGUCGGACAGCAGCAGCCCCGAAACGGAGGCAUGCACAAUCAGUGGCUUUCUCAUCUCUGAUGGUCGCUCGCGCCGGAGGCCUAAACAGAGAUGCUCUCACAUGGAAGGGAGCCAUUUGGACAGCAGCGAGGGAAGCAGCUCAACAGAUUGCAGCCCCGCCAAAGGAAAAUCCAAAGAACGUCAUGUGUGCAGUGAGUGUGGCAAGUCGUAUGCCACAUCCUCCAAUCUGAGUAGGCACAAGCAGACUCACCGAAGUCUGGACAGUCAGCAGGCCAGGAAAUGUCCAACCUGCCACAAAGUUUAUGUGUCUAUGCCGGCUCUGGCCAUGCACAUGCUGACCCAUGACAUGAAGCACGAGUGCAAGGUGUGUGGCAAAGCUUUCAGCCGGCCUUGGCUCCUGCAGGGUCACAUGAGGUCUCACACUGGGGAGAAACCGUUUGCCUGUGCUCACUGUGGCAAAGCCUUUGCUGACCGCUCCAACCUGCGUGCCCACAUGCAGACGCACUCAGCUUUCAAACACUACUCCUGCAAACGUUGUCGUAAAAGCUUCGCGCUCAAAUCCUACCUGAACAAGCAUUAUGAGUCGGCCUGUUUCAAAGGGCAGUCAACAGAGGGUGACUGCAGCUCUGAGGACUGAAAGGAAAAUCCUUUCUUCUUUAUAUGUUUUUUUUUUCUAGUUCAAAAAUCUGAGUCAGAGGACGGCUUGUGACUUCUCAGACUUUUCAAAUGCAUGUAUCAAAACCCUGCCUUUUGACAUAAGCAAUAACCUCACAGUAAAUUCUUCAGGAAACAUGUAGAAAAAUUCAUAAAAAAUCUCAGUGUUGAUUACAAAUGCAAAAUAUUUUAUAUUCUUUUUAUAGAUUGCAAUAAUUCACACAUCACUAUCAUUUGAUAUAUCACCAAGCUCUUAAUUUAUCUCAGAUGGUUUGGUUACUUGCAUAAUAUAUUUGCAUAUUUAUUAACUUAUUUAACUAUUUAUUUGCCAAUUUGAAGAUUAUUUAUUUA